GUAACUCAGUUAGUAGAGAAAACUCUCUCGGAUUUCACUCAUGGAGUGUGCCACGAACAAGCAUUCUUUUCUUUUCUUUGUCCGGCUAGUGUUCCUUAGUCCGCUUGUCUUCUGUCAACUUAAUUACAGGUUCUAUGACUCAACCUGUCCAAACCUAACUGGUAUUGUUCGAUACAAUGUCUGGUCAGCCAUUUCCAAUGAAUCCAGAAUUGCAGCUUCUCUGUUGCGCCUUCAUUUCCAUGAUUGUUUUGUCAAUGGAUGUGAUGGGUCCGCGCUCCUUGAUGAUACCAGCACGUUCAAGAGUGAAAAGAAUGCACUUCCUAACAAAAACUCAUUGAGAGGAUUUGAAGUAAUUGACACAAUCAAGUCUGCUUUAGAGAAGGCAUGCCCAUCCACAGUGUCAUGUGCUGAUAUAGUAACUCUAGCUGCCAGAGAAGCAGUUUAUAUUAGUGGAGGUCCUUUUUGGCCGGUACCUCUUGGUCGCAGAGAUGGCACAACAGCAAAUGAGACUGAGGCUAAUAAUUUGCCAUCACCUUUUGAGCCCCUUCAAAACAUCAUUGACAAGUUCAUCAAUAAGGGUCUUGAUAUUAAUGAUGUAGCAAUUCUCUCAGGCGCACACACCUUUGGUUUUGCGCAGUGCUUUACAUUCAAGCCAAGGCUGUUCAACUUUGGAGGCACAGGCAAAUCCGAUCCAUCACUAGACGCUUCACUUCUUCAAACUCUGCAGAAUUUAUGCCCUGACCAGGGUGAUUCUGACACCAAUUUGGCUCCCUUGGAUUCAGUGACCACCAACAGAUUUGAUAACAUGUACUACAGAAACCUCUUGAACAAUUCAGGAUUGCUUCAGUCAGAUCAGGCUCUUCUGGGUGACAAUAGAACCACUUCUUUGGUGCUCAAUUAUAGCAAGUAUCCUUUUCUGUUCUUGAGGGACUUUGCAAUGUCCAUGGAGAAGAUGGGACGCAUAGGUGUUCUCACGGGACAGCAAGGAGAGAUCAGGAAAAACUGUAGGGUGGUGAACUAGCUAGCAUCUACUACGUCUGUAGACUGUAAUAAACAGAACAUGAAUGUGAAACUUUACGAAUUCAGAUGUAUUUGACUAGCUAUAAAAAUAGAACAUGCUUAGAACUAA